GUACGUCAAGCUUUGUAACACAAGGCACUAAGAUGACGAACUCAAAAGGUUAUCGUCGUGGUACUAGGGACUUGUUCGCCCGCAAGUUCCGCACUCAUGGAAACAUCCCCCUGUCCACUUACAUGAAAGUGUACAAAAUCGGCGAUAUCGUUGAUAUCAGGGGUAACGGCGCUGUGCAGAAGGGUAUGCCACACAAAGUUUAUCAUGGCAAGACAGGCCGUGUUUACAAUGUGACAGCACAUGCACUUGGUGUUAUUGUAAACAAAAGGGUACGUGGCAGGAUUAUUCCUAAGCGUAUUAACAUUCGCAUUGAACAUGUCAAACACUCCAAGUGCAGGCAAGACUUCCUCAAGCGUGUAAAAGAGAACGAGCGCCUUCUGAAGGAAGCUAAAGCUGCAGGUAAAAUUGUUAAGCUGAAGAGACAACCAGAACCACCUAAGGCAGCCCAUAUAGUUAGUGGACUCGAAAAACCGGUGCUCUUGGCGCCCAUUCCGUAUGAGUUUGUAGCUUAAUGAAAAAAAUAUAUAUUAAUAAGAA